AUGUCCAGCCUGGUCGAGGUCACAUCGGAGGCCGAGUUCGUCUCGGGCCUGCAAUCCAUCCCGGAUUCCACCCUGGUGGUAGUCUACUUCCACGCGCCCUGGGCCGCGCCUUGCGCCCAAAUGCGCGCCGUUCUCUCCGCCCUCGCCUCGCAGUACCCCGUCACCUCCCCGCCUUCCAUCGCCUUCCUCAGCGUCAACGCCGAAGAGCUCCCGGACAUCUCGGAGGAAUACGACGUCACCGCCGUGCCCUUUGUCGUCCUGCUGCGCGCCGGAAAGGUCCUCGAAUCCAUCAGCGGCAGCGAGGCCGCCCGCGUGCGUGACGCCGUCGAGCGUCACGCCGGCGUGGGCGCCGGCGCUCCCUCCUCCGCCUCCGCGACCACCAUCCCUCCGCCGCUGGAGGCUGUCCCCCGCGAGAACGGCCCGGCCACCGCCACCCAGCCGCCCGUCAAUGGCGCCGCCACCCCCGAACAGUCCAAGGAGGCGCUGUUUGCCCGUCUCGCCGAGCUGGUCAAGGCCGCCCCCGUCAUGCUGUUCAUGAAGGGCACGCCCAGUGCGCCGCAGUGCGGAUUCAGUCGGCAGUUGGUGGGUAUCCUGCGCGAGCGCAGCGUCAAAUACGGGUUCUUUAAUAUCUUGGCCGAUGAGGAUGUCCGGCAGGGCUUGAAGGAGUUUGCCGACUGGCCGACUUUCCCGCAGUUGUGGGUGAACGGCGAAUUGGUUGGUGGACUGGAUAUCGUCAAGGAAGAGAUCAACAACGACCCCGGGUUCCUCGCGGAAUUUUCGGUCAACAAGGCGCCCGCUGCGGCUUAA